AAAAUAAAAAUAAAAAGGGAAAGACAAGGAGAAAACUCGAAGGAUAUUACAUACCUUCCUUCCAACGCAUCCAAAGCACAACCCAAAAAGCAAAGCAACACUCCUCUUUCCUCAACAAAAGCAGGCACCAUUCUUUCCCUGACAGAGAGCGAAAAAUAAAAAAAAAAACAGGGACAGAAGGAGUACUAAGCAAAAACCUUUCCUUUUUUCCCAUUUCUGUUGCAGAAAACAGAAAUGGAAGGCAAUCCAGCUCCAACAACACCUAAGCCCCCACAAAUCUCUGAAAUGUUUCAAAAAUUCGCCUUGGCUUUCAAGACCAAAACUUUCGAGUUCUUCGCCGAUGACGACAAUAACAACAACCACCCCUCCGACUCCGAUGGACUUUCCCUCCUCGACUCCACCGAAGACUUCAUCACCGACCAAAAAGUCGUCGUCAUCAAGCCCGACCCUCCCCUGAAUUCCUCUUCCUCGAUUAAUAACAGUUUUCAGAGUAGAACCAUCGAUACCCAGAUAGCCGAAUCUUUGAUUUCUUCUGUUUUUGCUGCUGUUUCUUCGUUUGAAGCGUCCUAUCUUCAGUUACAAACUUCGCACGUGCCAUUCGUGGAGGAAAGUGUGAAAGCCGCUGAUAGAGCUUUGGUUUCUCAUCUUCAAAGAUUGUCUGAUUUGAAGCGUUUUUAUAGGGAAUUUCGAAAGAAUCCAAAAUUUGAAGCUGGGUUGUCUCUUGGGUCUUGCUUGGAAGCUCAAGUGCAAGAGAAUCAAAGCAAGUUGAGAACUUUGGAAACGGUUUCUAACCGUUUGCAAGAAGAGAUUGAUGAAAAAGACAAUGAAGUUUCAUCUUUGAGGAAGAAAUUAGCUGAGAUACGAUGGGCUAACACGAAAUUAUCCAAAAAAUUGUCUGGUAAUUUGAAUUCAGCUUGUGAUGUUCUGUUAACUGUUAGGGUUUUUUAUUCUGUUUUGCAUGAUGCUUGUAGAGCAACCCAUAAGUUUAGUAAGAUUUUGAUUGGUUUGAUGAGAAAAGCGGGUUGGGAUCUUGAUUUGGUGGCGAAUUUGGUUUAUCCUGAUAUUGAUUAUGCUAAGAAAGGACACAAUAGAUUUGCUUUCUUGUCAUAUGUUUGUUUGGGGAUGUUUCGGGGUUUCGAUGUUGAAGGCUUUGAUUUGAGCGAGAACGAACCUCUAUGUAAUGGGAAUAACGCUACUUGUGCAUUGAAGCAAUUACUUGAGCACGUAUCUAGCAAUCCCAUGGAGCUGCUGAGUAGGAACCAAAACUGUGAAUACUCAAGAUUUUGUGAGAAGAAGUAUCAAGAGCUUAUCCAUCCCGCCAUGGAGUCGUCAAUUUUUAGCAAUUUGGAUAGAAAUGAAGUUGUGCUGAAUUCAUGGCGGUCAUUGAGCAUAUUCUAUGAGUCAUUUGUGAGCAUGGCUAGUUCAAUUUGGGCACUUCAUAAGCUGGCCUUUUCAUUUGAUCCUGUGGUUGAGAUAUUUCAAGUUGAAAGAGGAGUUGAUUUUUCAAUGGUAUACAUGGAAGAUGUCACCAAGAGAUAUAACUUGCCUGGCCAAACUAGGGUGAAAAUGGGGUUCACAGUGGUUCCAGGAUUUAAAAUUGGAAGGACUGUGAUUCAGUCUCAGGUCUAUUUAAGUGGGUUGAAAUGUACAGGGUAGUUGCUCAAAUAUUGCACCAUGUAGAGAAUUAAGUUAUAUUAAAUCUUCUCUUUAUAAAAUGGAUUUUGGAGCAAAGGUUAUUUUGGUUUGAAUCUUUGGCUGCAGUCGUUGAAGGGCUGGGAUUGUAGAUGGGAUCCUAAAGAUCAAAGUUUCAGUUUUAGUGGCUGCCUUGAUCCUCAAGAAGAUAACUAGUAUGUAAACACUUAAAAAAUACUAACGCUGGACUUUGCACUGGGCUCUAGGGAGUGACUGCAGUUAAGGCAGCUUCUUGGCUAUCUUCUGAUACUUAACCACAUCUCCAGAUUGUGAAUUUCUUUUCAUAUAAUUCUCAUGUGAGUCCAAUGUAGAAAUCACUGUAAAGCAUUUCCCCCCGUUCCUUUUUUUUUUCCUUCUCUUUAAGCUCUGUGAUUUCCUUUGACACAGGAAAAAUACUACCCAAACGUGUAUCCACAUAGUCGUUACUUACACAGUUUGACUUUGUAUUAUUCCACUUUUAAUUUACUUCUCUGAUUAAAGCAAAUAUGUAGAGCAAACUUGCAUUCCUACCUCAAUGCGGUUGAGUUCUUUAAUGGCUUUAUGUUAGCAUGGAUGAUCCUCUUAAGAUCAUAUCUUCUGGUUGGUUUUGUAGACACUUUCAUUGCUUUUCUUGAAUCGAUUGAAUCUGGAACCCGGUGAUCAAUGCAUUUAUUCUUAUUGAUGAACACCACUUUUGCCUCGUAAUUUUUUGUUUGUUUUACUGUCUACCCAUCCGAGUAUAUGCAAUGUGAAUGUUCUCUGGACAUUUUAUA